UUAACUAUAUAGAGGAUUGAAACAUAAAUUGGAUACUUAUAUUACCAAUAAUUAUACGAAAUAUAAAAAUAAUUUUAUUCUUAACCUACUCAAUGACUUAGGCAAAACUAACCAGCCAACACACGUAAUCAUUAAACGUUAAAAUAUUUACAUUAAUUUCUACACUUUCUUAAUUUGUUAUUUGAAUAUGCGUCCCGUCGUUAUUACGCACGUGAUAAUCAUGUGAAGUCGUCUUGACAAUACUACUAGAGCCCAGUUAAAACAAUAUGUGUAACUUAUAGAAUUUUAUACUAUGACGCAGGGGUGAGAAUGCCAAUUCUUGAUUUUAACCCUACGUCAAUAAGUAUACAGAACUAUUAUAGGUAUCUACCUUAUCUGUACAACCCAUCCGGAAUCGGUUACUAAUCGAUAUUCCUCAAUAACCGCACGGUGACCUGUCCGUUGUUGUUUUUUUUUAAUUUUAAUUCAGGACACCAUUUCAAUACGGUUAAAAACGCUUUACCGAGGGCUGUGCGUGUUAUGACUUUUUUUUUCUUUUUCAUUUUUUUUUUAUUUUUUAUCAGUUACCCUAGUAACGUUUACGGCAACAUACAAUGAGAUCGUAUAUAUAUGCGGGUUCAAAAACACCGUUCAAAUUAUUCGGAUGGGUACUUCGCAUUUGCUUCAAACCAUUAUAGUUGAGCGUUCAUCGUCACUCAGUAAUGAAUUAUAAUUUGUACUACGGUGUGAAAUCAAAUCGUCUGUUGAUAGUUUCAAACCGGGCACCGGAGUUUACGAAUGCAGUGAAAAAUACCUUGCCUGGCGUGUUCGUUGUAAGAUAUAACUAUGAUACAUCUUCGCUGGACGACAUUAUUUCAAAAGUGGAUGACAAAAUGCAACAUCGGAAAGUGAAAAGUAUUGCCAUUCUAGUACACUCGGACGAAACACAAUUCUAUAUUUGCUCUGCAGACGAUAAAGUUCUGAAUGGCGAUAGCAUCAUCGAUGAUCCAGAUAUAAAUUAUUUCAUUAAGUCGUUGUCAGAUUACUGUCAAUUCGGAUCAUCUAGACUAGAUUUUUUCAAUAGUCGUUUGGCGUCGAGCUGCGUAAAAUAUCAGUUAUGUGUAGCUCUGCGGCAUUUGACCCAAUGUGACGUAGGGAUAUGGGACGAUUUGACGGGAGAGGAGUACUACGGAGAAUUGUAUUUCAACUCGACCGAUACGCGGUCUACCAAGACUGCUUUGGACGGCUAUCAACGGAUUAGAACCGUAGGGAAAGGAGCGUUCGGGGUGGCGACUUUGUACCGAAAUACGAAUAAAAAUAACUUAGUGGUCAUCAAGCAAAUAAAUAUGUUAGAUAUGACGGCACAAGAGCGACAACUUGCUUUGAACGAAGCGAAAGUCUUAUCGUUACUCAGUCAUCCAAAUAUAAUAAGCUACUACGGAAGUUUUGAAAUUGAUGGUGUUCUCAUGAUUGAAAUGGAAUACGCGGACGGUGGUACUCUAGCAGAGUAUCUGAUUGGACACAAAACGACUUUAUUACCAGAGAGACAAAUCUUAGAAAUGUUCUUACAAAUGUCCAAAGCCAUCCAAUGCAUUCAUCAACGCAACAUAUUGCACAGAGAUUUAAAAACGACGAAUGUUUUUCUAACAAGAGAUCGUAAAGUAAAACUAGGAGAUUUCGGUAUUUCGAAAAUAAUGACGACUAAGUUACAAGCGUUGACGGUAGUCGGGACACCGUAUUACAUUAGCCCAGAAAUGUGCGAGGGUAAGCAAUACGAUAAAAAAUCGGAUAUUUGGGCGUUGGGCUGUAUACUGUACGAGAUGACGAGCCUUCAGCGCACCUUCGACGCUUCCAAUCUACCAGCGCUUAUUCAUUUUAUUACGAAAGAAAAUUUUGCACCGAUACCAUUGAGUUAUUCGUCUAAUCUGAAGCGAUUGGUCAACGAUUUGUUGCAAAAAAAUCCACUCCGACGGCCUGAUGCCGAUUACUUGGUGGAAGUAGUUCCUGAUUUCAUUGAGUUCAUCGCCGAUUCCGAUUUGAUCGAAGACGCAUUUGAACCGAACAGUACAGAUUUACAAAACAGAUCGGUAGUGUAUCAGUUUUCGUCUCCGACAAAUCUGGAGCCAGUUCACCUGCCGUUCAGGGUUCAAAUAUUGCAGCUCGCGGUGAGCCAAACUCACUUCAUCGCUCUCACGAGUGACUAUUCGGUUUUCACUUGGGGUGAAGACAAACAUGGCCAGUUGGGACAUGGUGAGGAAGCGCCGUGGAAAAACGAUCCUCAAUGCGCAGUCGCUCUGUUGGACAAACACAUUACUCAAGUGGGAGCCGGGCAAAACUUCAGUGUCUUCGUCAGUAGUACGGGUCUGGUACUGACCACCGGCGAUGGAAAAUACGGUGCGCUGGGCCAUAGAGAUUGGAACAGUGUUAACAGACCGAAAUUAAUAGAAUUUUUACUGAAAGUAGACGUAGUGAAAAUCUCUUGCGGCAAUCAUCACGUGGUGGCGCUGACGAACGAGGGACAGCUGUACGCUUGGGGCCGUGGAAACUACGGUCAACUGGGCCUGGGAAAUCUACAGGACUGCUGUUUUCCGAUUCUCGUCAACUGGCACCUCGACGAGAACAUUUCGUCGAUUCAAUGCGGUCCCGAUUGCACGGCCAUUAUCACGGAGCACCAAAACGUGUACGCAUGUGGACUGAACAAAUGCAAUAAACUCGGUUUAAACCGACCGUCUUUGUUCAAGCUCAAAUUUAAAGAAGUGCCGUUUGAAAGUUUAUUUACCAAGGUAAAAUUCUUGGAAGGAUUAAAAGUGACUAAUAUAUGUUUUGGUGAGUGCCAUGGUGCCGCUAUAACUUCGGAAGGACACGUUGUAAUCUGGGGAAGUAAUAUUUACUCUCAACGAGGAAAACCACAUGUAUCUCAAAACAAACCGAAUUUACUUCGUUUGCCUGGAUACAGCAAAGCACAAGUAUAUCAAUUAUUGCCUGUGGUCCCACUUAUACCCUGAUUGGAACCGACGAUAAUGCUGUCGUGUUCUGUGGCACACGAUUCUGUAUGGAUACAAAAGCUAUCACACAAAUGACUUCAAUGUUCACUUCAGAAGUCAUUACUCGACCGAAAGUUAUUCUUGGACUGUAUGCUACGGAU